AUGUCCUCGUUACUGGAGCACAGCUUUGUCAGGACCUUAGCUUUGGAGAGGGUGGUGGCCCCCAUUGCAACUCAUUUAUGUUACCUGGUGCUGCUGUGUGACAUUAUGGAUGAUGAGUCCGAGCUGUUCAGCCGGCUGGAGGCAGCGGCUCUGGAGGUAGUUAAAGCCACUGACAACAUGGCGGCAGUGGUCUCCAGGCUAAUUAGUAAUACAGAAGAUGAAGUUCUGCACAUGGAGAUGUCGUCGCUGCUGGAGCCGCUCAGUGUGUCCGGGCGCCACGUCCUGCUGGCGGCGCAGAAACUCAGCAUCCAGCCUAAUCUGCCUGAGCACAGAGAGGAACUCAUCACCGCAACUCAGAAUGUUUUCCUAGGAGUUCUCAAAGUCCUUUUGGUGGCGGACAGUGCGGUUGUGAGGAAAGUUCUGGCUGCAGCUGAUCGGGUUCUAGAGUCCCUCUCUAAGCUCGGCUCCUCUUUGGAUAUUAAAUCUCUCCUCAGGUCCUUUAAAGACUUUUCUGAAUCUUUGCUCAACCUUAAUGACCUCACGGUGGACAGGGCCAACUCCUUACUGGAUCCCAGACAAACAAAGCAGCUUCUUGACUCCUUAGAAACACUGAGGAGGUGCAUCUCCAUGCUCCACACAGCAAUGUGCACCACCAUCAAACACCCUACAAGUGACCAGGCCCAAGCUGCCAAGAGGUUCAUUCUAGACAAAAUCCAAACCACGGUCAGCGACAUCAGUGUAACUCUCAGGAGUGACGGCCACAAAGGACCACUGGGUCCCUACGGGUUCUACACUGGGAGGCAUCACAGCCUGUUGCACCUACUUGAUAAUUGCUCUAGUGCACUGAUUCAGGACAGUGGCUUUGACAGCAUGGUGAGAGACAUUGUCUUCCAUGCCAUGGUUGUAGCCAAUUGUUCACGAAGAGAGUCGCAACAAAGAAUAGUGAGCCACUGCCGUCACAUUCUGCACUUCUGGUCUGACAUAAAACGGAUCUUAAAAUCCUCAGAAGAAAGUGAUGACACUGAACUGAGAUCUAAUAAGACAUGCCUUUUGUUAAUCCAACAAAUACAAAUACUGGAUAAAGUACUAAAAACGGCAGUUCUUCAUCAAGUCUUGGAAACGUUUCUGGCUGCCCCUUGCACAGCCAAUGAUCUUUUAGGCACAGUAAGACGGCUCUUGGACACCGAAGCUACAGAAACCAUGGAUCUGACGUUUCUCCAGCCAGCAGUUGAGGAUUUCAUAUCGUCCACUGAUUGUAUAAUCCAAGUAGCAACCUUUGUCUCAGCUGUUGCUGAAGAUACAAAGAGCGUGGAGAGUGUGGAGAACUCACAGGCGUGCCUUGUAAGACUAAGAGGAGACGAGUCAGCUACAGGAUACUCUAAGUGA